AGUGUAGCCCCAGCAGUGCCACCUGUCAGUGUCCAUCACUGCCUUAUGUCAGUGCUCAUCAGUGCCUCCCAUCAGUGCCAGUCAGUGCCACCUAUCAAUGCCAGUCAGUGCCGCCUAUCUGUGCCAGUAAGUUCUGCCUAUCAGUGUGCAUCAGUGCCGCCUAUCAGUGCCUAACAGUGCCAUUCAGUGCCCCCCUAUCAGUGCCGCCUAUUAGUGCCAGUCAGUGCUGCCUAUCAGUGCCCAUCAGUGAUGCCUGUCAAUGCCCAUCAGUG